AUGUCGUUUUCACGUACCACAUUCGAUGAACAACCUCAAAAGUUUAUGCUAAAUAACUUACCAAAUGACUCCAUUUCACAUCUAAGAUGGAGUACAACCACAAACCCCCUGUUACUAACAGCUGGGAGUUGGGACAAGACUCUUAGGAUUUGGAAAGUUACCACAGGCCUCGGGAACGCAGUUAAUACGGAUAUGGUAUACACUUUUAAACAGGACGCUCCCGUACUCUGCUCUGCUUUCUCCACAGACUCAAUGCGUUUAUUUGGAGGGGGCUGUACAAAUAAUGUGUUAGCGUAUGAUUUAAAUAACCCGAGUAGUACGGGAGUAGUCAUAGCAAGGCACCAGAAGCCAGUUAGUGGAGUACAUUGGAUUCCCCAGUUCAACUUACUGUUGUCCACAAGUUGGGAUGGCGGUGUAAGUUUAUGGGAUGGAAGACAAGAAAACCCAGUGUGGUCAGAGAACUUGGGCGCUAAAGUUUUCGCGUCUGAUGUUAAGGAUAAUUUAAUGUGUGUAGCAGACAGUAACCGAAAGCUCAGUGUCUGGAGUCUUGAGAAGCUCCAACACUCCAACAGUAAAAUAACAAUUGAUUCCAGUUUAAAGCUCCAAAUUCGAGCAUUAUCGCUAUUUCCAGACACUAAAGUACGUUCAGGGGUUGCAUACAGCUCAAUUGGCGGUCGCUGUGUAGUAAACUACUUUACAGAAGAGGAAAAGAAGAAUAAUUUCUCCUUCAAGUGUCAUAGGCAGGACCAGCCUGGCAAGGGCACUUUUACAUAUUCAGUAAAUGCAAUUGAUUUCCACGCAGUGUACGGCACUUUCGUCUCAGGAGGAGGUGAUGGCACCUUUACCAUCUGGGAUAAGGAUAACAAGUCGAGAGUUAAGGCCUUUUCCAAUUUAGGAGCACCGGUAGUUGACGUCAAGUUCAUGUCGGAAGGUAACCUCCUGGCCUUUGCCACAAGCUAUGACUGGUACAAAGGCCUAAAUCACUCGUUAAUAACCAACACUAGUAAAUCUAUCGGAAUCGUCAAGUUGAAGGAAGAAGAUAUAAAGUCCAAGCCGAGACCCUUUGGAUCACGUAGAUGAUUUUUAAAUUUUCUAAAAAAUAUUCUACA